UUUAACUUUUAGCAUAAAAUUUUUCUUACUCAUUCUUAAUGCUGCACUGCAUAAACUGUCCACUUCGUUUUUUAAAACAAGCAUGGAUAGAAAUAUAGCACAUCCAUAUAUACACAUAAUAUAUCUGUGUUAUUAAAUUAUCAGGAGGGGUUUACUUAGAAAAAAAAAAGUCAAACAGGACUCUAGAGGCUGAGAAAGGGAAUGCAGUAUUGAAAAGAAAACUGGUUGAGAAACUGAGAAACAUUUCCCUAAGCCCAUAUAGAGAACACAUAAAGGGAAGCAAAAAAAAGAAGUAGAAAAAAAAUGCAGUUGCGUUCAGAAAAUGGAAAUUAGCAUGUUCCCUAUAUAAGGCUGUGUACAAACCAAAGUAUUCAGAGAUCCUAGCGCCGGAGGUUAAGAGUCAUCCAUCUGAACCAGCUGAGCAGCAUCUGCAACAUCUAUGAUGGUCUUGCCCUUACAUUUACUGGUGGCCCUUGUGGUGCUCGGCUACAAGUCAUUCAGCUCUCUGGGCUGUGAUCUCCCUCAGAACCACAACUUGGGUAACAGGAGGGCCUUGGUGUUCCUGGCACAAAUGAGAAGAAUCUCUCCUUUCUCCUGCCUGAAGGACAGACAUGACUUUGGAUUCCCCCAGAAGGAGUUCGAUGGAAGCCAGCUCCAGAAGACUCAAGCCAUUUUUGUCCUCCAUGAGAUGAUCCAGCAGACCUUCAACCUCUUCAGCACAAAGGACUCAUCUGCUGCUUGGGAUGAGACCCUCCUAGAAAAAUUCUACACUGAACUUUACCAGCAGCUGAAUGAUCUGGAAGCCUGUGUGAUGCAGAAGGUAGGGGUGACAGAGACUCCCCUGAUAUAUGAGGACUCCAUUCUGGCUGUGAGGAAAUACUUCCAAAGAAUCACUGUAUAUCUGACAGAGAAGAAACACAGCCCUUGUGCCUGGGAGGUUGUCAGAGCAGAAAUCAUGAGAUCCUUCCUCUUCAUCAAUCAACUUGCAAAAAAGAUUGAAGAGUAAGGAAUGAGACUUGGUGCAACAUGGAAAUGAUUCUUAUAGACUAACACAGGAGCUGACACUUCCACAAGCUGUGCCAAUUCAAAGACUCUUGUUUCUGCUAUAACCGUGCCAUGAGUUGAAUUAAAUGUGUCAAGUAAUUUCAGGAGUGUUAAGUGACAUCCUGUUGGGCUGUAUGGGCACUAGUCCCUUGCAGAUGGCCAUACGGAUGGAUCUAGUCAUCUAUUUAUUUAAAUAUUUAUUUAUUUCACUAUUUAUAUAGUUAAAUUAGUUUUGUUCAUAUUAUAUCAUGUGAACUUUUACAUUGUGAAUUGUGUAACAAAAUUAUGUUCUUUAUAUUUAUUAUUUUGCCUUAUUAAAUUUUUACUAUGAAAUAUUCUUUAUGUAUUCUUUAAAAUUGAACUCCAACCCUGGCUGUAAAAACUCAUUAAAGAAUG